GCAGCUACCUGCCUGCAUAUAAUUCUGUUGCCUUCUCUCUCCUUCAGCGUGGCUCCCUCCCCAUCGCCAUCAUCAUCACCUCCAUCUCCUCGCCAUCACGCCUGCCUCCUCCUCCUCUUCUUCUUCCUUUGCACGGCUACAAAAGAGCGAGGGCGCACUGCUUGCGAGCUAGCUGCUGUUCAUCGCAAUUCACACCAAGACCCUGAUCUCGACCUAGGUAGCUAGAGUAGUUCCUGGCGAGAGAGACAGUCAGCUAAGAUCCUUGCAGGCGUCUCGACUUCAGUGUGCUAGAUUUCACUCGACGAUGGGCGUCGAGCUCGACCUAUCUGAAUUGGCCGUGCUCCGGCCGAUCCAGACCUCAGCGAGCAGCGGGGGCGCCGCCACGGCUCGGCGUGGCAACGACGACCUGGACGCCGCCGACACAGGCUGCGUCACGCCGACGGCCGUGAGCUCCCUGUUGCCGCGGCAAGUGGGCUUCGGCGUCGGCGUCGGCGUCGGCAUCGGCAUCGACGUCGUAGAGUCCAUCUUCAGCACGCCGACAUCGUCCCCGUGCUUGCUGCGGCCGGCCACGGUGUGCCCUCCGGCGCCGCGGAAGCCGGCGAGGUCGCCCCCCGCCGCCAAGAGGAAGCGCUGCUGCGACCGCCCGGGGCUGCAGCGGCCCUUCUUCCCCGUGCCGCAGGACCUCUCCACCGUGUUCGUGCCGCGCGGCCCCGCGGCGGACAGGUCGCCGCCGCCCCGGGCGGCCAAGAAGAUCCGCCGCCUGUUCGUAGUGGGGUGAAACGGCGGCGACGUCGUCGCUCGUCAGACAGAAUGCAUGCCACGGGCCAUGCUAUCCUCAUCCAGUGCUGAUCGAUCCCCUCGUCGCCUCGCGCGCCGCCUGGCUACCUCUCUGCUCCGGCGGCCGGCGGCUCGCCAUUUGCUGCGAGCGGGAUCGAGGACAAUUUCUUGGCUUCUUGAAAGCACAGAAGAGAGACACCAUGGCCAUGCGCCUAUGUUUCGUCAGAUCUUGCUGAUCGAGUGUGUGUGCAGUGUGCGCUUCUUGGAUCGAUCGAAUCUGAAUAAUCGAAUUGUAAAUAUGCUACAUUUGUUGGCUGCGCACAGUUGUCUUGGCGCAACGAGGGGUAUAAAGAGUUUAAAGACCAUAAUUUCUGAGAAUUCACUGCAAAUUCUCUGUUGCAAAUGGAUACGAAUUCCCCU